AUGGAUUUAUGUAUUCCCUUUCGAGUGAAAGUUCUAAUUGUAGAUACGGAUCUGACUGCCUUGAAUGCUCUGUCAAAUUAUCUUCUCAAAUACGACUAUUCAGUGAACAUGUGUAGUUCAAUGGAAGGGAUGUUGAAUUGGCUGGAGAAAGAAAAAGAUUUCGACUUGAUAAUAUGCGACGCCGACCUUCCUGGCCUCAAUGUUAGCAAUUUUCUCGCAUACGCCGCAACUGUGAUGAAUCUUAGAGUAAUAAUGAUGUCCGUCAAUGGGUCAGAAAGCAAGGUGAUCCAAAUGGUGGAUGGUAUUUGUUCAUUUUACUACCCGAAGCCAAUCGAGGAGAAUCAAGCGAGAUACUUGUGGCAAUAUGCGAUCGGGAAACAAAAUCAAAAUCAGCAGCAGCAACAGCCCAAAUUGGUGACUGAAGAGCAGCAUGGACAUGAAUUCGUCCAUGCAGGUCCCUCGCCGCCGUCGUCGUCCAAGAGAAAAAGAAAUGACAUAGAAUUAAGUAGUAAUGAAGAAAUACCGUACGCAGAGUCUUCGUCCAAGAGGGAGAAACGGUUAUGGAAUGACGAGCUCCACAGCAAGUUCUGUGAAGCAAUACAACAGCUGGGAGGAAUCGACGAAGCUACGCCAAAGUUAAUAGAGAAGGCCAUGAAUAUACCAGGGUUGACAAGGCAACAUAUCUCGAGCCAUUUGCAGAAAUACCGCCUCAAAUUAAAGGCCGGAAAAGAAGCUAUUAAAAAGAAGCACAAUCACUUUGAGAGGGUACUGUCUUCUGAGAUGCUUCAGAUUCAGCCUCAGCCUCAGCGUGCGUUCCAACAAGAAGAAAAUAGGAAUGCCUAUUCAAUUUCUUCGAUUGCCGAGCAAACUCUUUCGGUAAUGAAAAUCGGUGUAAAUGGAGGACCUUGCAGUACUAUUACUAGUACGAUGCCCCUGCAGCAGAAUUCAAUGAAUCAAAGCAUAUUGCAUCCUUACAGUAGUUGUCAGAUGGCACCGUGUCAUUUUUGGUCGGAUGCUUCUCCCUCCUACACCAAAGACGACUGCACCCAACUCCAAGUCCAACUCCCGACUGCUGAUUCUUCUAAUGUGCAGAAGAAUAUUAAUUAUGCAUCGUUGGAUCAGCCAUCCUGUCCGAUGCAGUUGCCACUAGCUGCUUACCAAGGAGAGGCCGUUACUUUGGAUGAUUUUUUGGAUGAUGAUUCACCGAUAAUUGAUUCUGAAGUUUUCGAGAAGCUAUUAAAUGAUCUUUGGGGUGAUCAGAAUGCUGUUGCGGCUGCUGCCAAUAGCCAUCAGUGCCCUCAAUCAGUCCAACUACCGACGAUGACGACGACAGUGGCUGAUCCUAACAUGCAAAAUUCAAAUAUUGUAAAUACUGAUGAUGAUGAUGAUGAGGUGCAACCCCAGCCCUAA